GUUGUCGACAGUUGUCAUCGCCGCCCACGAUCCAGAUCUACUCGUCGACCGUCGCCGCCGCCGCUAGUUGAUCGCAGCCGCUGGUGUAAGAUGAGGAAAAUUCCUGAUAAGUCAUGGAUAGAUAUCCCUAGGAUCGAACGGUUUCGCGAUCGACGUUAUAAGGAUGGAUGUGAAGCCUUUAUGAAGUAUGCCGAAAUGUAGCGGUGCAAUGUACUGCCCCUGUUGUAGGUGUAAGAAUAUAAAGCUGAAAAAUAAAGAGGAAAUACGAAGUCACUUAACAAACUGUGGGUUUUACGAGGAAUAUAAACAUUGGUCCUAUCACGGGGAAGGCCGUAUUGAAGAUGAAGUACCGGAUGUGCAUGUCGGUACUAGUCAUGGUUUCAGGACAGAAGAUAUAGAAAAUUUACAAACUAAUAUUGGCCCUGACCAUCCCGAAUAUGAUAUAAACAAUGAUGGUGAAGAUGAUACGACAGAUGAUGUCCAAGAUGCAACUGAGAUCGAAGAUGUUGAUGGCCCAGAAGGUUUUGAAGAUGCUCAUGUUUCUGAGGACUUGGAUCGAAUAAUGAAGCUAUUAGAGGAUAGUGAAAAGGAUCUGUAUGAGGGUUGCACCGAGUACUCCGGAUUUUCAUGUGUGUUGGAGCUCUUGCAUAUUAAGAGCCUCAGUGGAAUGGCAAAUACUUCUUUUGUUCUUCAUUUGAAGUAUCUGGCUUGUUAUAUUGAAGAUGGGAACUACCUCAGUGGAAUGGUUCAUCAAGCUCUGAACAAUAAACAUCAUGUAACAGAGAACUGGGAGCAAAGGAAUACUAUUGUCUUGAGGGUUACCCUGGAGCAUGGCACUAUGUUUUCAACAUAAAGGUUGAGUCCGUGCUCAAACAAUGGCGGCA